CAGCAGGCUCUGAGUAACCCAUAAAGGACUAACCACUGCAGCUCUAACAAACACACUGUAUCUACAGCCUUCAUCCACCAGAACCUCAGCUCCACCAUACCCACUGCUCUCAGCAAUCAUGACAACUGAUUUUAAUGGCUACUGGAAAAUGUUAAGCAAUGACCAUUUUGAGGACUAUCUAAGGGCUCUUGACGUUAAUGUGGCCAUCAGAAAGAUUGCUACCCUGCUAAAGCCUGACAAAGAUAUUGUUCAGAAUGGCGAUCACAUGGUCAUCAAAACACUGAGCACUUUUAGAAACUACAUCAUGGAGUUUGAUGUGGGAAAGGAGUUUGAAGAGGAUUUGUCCGGCGUAGAUGAUCGCAAAUGCAUGACUACUGUCAAUUGGCAAGAAGACAAACUGGUAUGUGUCCAGAAGGGAGAGAAGGAAGGCCGUGGAUGGACGCAAUGGGUGGACGGAGAUGAGUUACAUCUGGAAAUGCGGGUAGGAGACGCAGUAUGUAAACAGGUGUUUAAGAAAGUUCGCCAGUGACGCAGACUCUGACCGGUUGGAACAAGAUGACAUCCUGCUUAGAUGUUAGACAAUGUCCUCUCAUAUAUUGCUGUAUUAUUAUUAUUUUAGGGUUAGGUUCAUGUGAUUUUUGUUUUAUAAUGUGACUUUAGAUACUUUAUUAAAAACACUAAUCAAAUUUCUUAAACUUG